AACGACCGGGCGCCGGGCGACAGAACGUUUUGUGCGUGACACGUGAGUGGCGCAAAUAAAUACCUACCAAAGAAUCCCAUGGUUAACAGCAUAAGACAAUAUUAUUAAAAAAAUAUCUGCUGUGCGAUGGCUGAAGAAGUAAAGGACUUGCUUGAAUCCUGGAAUGUCCCGAUUGACAUAAUAAAUAACUUUUCAGAUGAUGCCUUCUUAAAAGAAUUGUGCCCACCUAUCGGAACAAGAAUCCAAUUAAAAAACGAAAUACUCGAAUUCUUAGCAGGAAGAGAUUCCAUGGCGGAUACUGAAACAAUUUAUAGUGACAGCAACGGCACAACAGAUGGGGUGGAACUUGAGAGAGUUAUAGAACAAGACAAUUUACCAGGUCCUAGUUUCACCCAAAAAGAAAAUUUACCAGGUCCAAGCUGGCAAAAUGCGGAUACUUCUAAUGAUGUUUCAUCAGGUUUGGAGGAAUUAGAGGAAACACUUCGUAACCUAAUACGACCCUCAUUGCCAGAAUUCGACCUAAAAACAUUAUUACAAACUUCUCCUUUGGGAAAUUCAGUAUUACAAUUUUAUAAUGCUAAUGGCUCAUUGGACCAAAAGAGGCGAAACAGACUUGUGGAUAUUAUGAUUAAACAUAUAUUCAAUUAUACAUAUAGUGAAACAAUUAACCUCGAUUUUAAUCGUAUCUACCCUGGGAAAGGUACGCAUUUUUUUGAGAAGUGGCAGACCUUCUUUACCAAAAUAUUGGAAAUAAGAAAAAAGGAUUUACCAAGCAAUGAUCCCUAUAUAGCCGCAUUGUUGGAUGCAUUAGAUACCAUUGAAGACAAUGAUUCCAAGAUUACGACACAAAUAACUCUUCUUCCACACCUCAUACCACCAAAAGGGCGAACGAUCAUAGAAAAGAAACACUGGAAGUUUUCGACUCAAGAAAGUAUUGAAAGUCUGGUGGUGCUCGUUAAGAAUCCUGGUGAUAUAGAGAAAACUAUAGCCGAACAAAAAGAAAAGUCAUUAAACAAAAAACAAACGGUUCAGCCAUAUAUCCUGGUAGAUGGCCCUGACCUGAUAAAUUUUAGAAGAAUAUUCUUGGUUGUGGAUACUUUAAGGUACCAAUUUGAUUACCCUAAAAAAGCAUUUGAUAUUUUAUUUAAGGCCUAUCACGUAUUUAAAGCCAAGUAUCCUCUACCUGGAGAACAUAUUUAUUUGCUUAUACAAAGGUGUAUCUAUAAGAUCAAAACCAAGUAUGACAUUAUUCAGCCAUAUGUGCUGAAUAUUUUACAACAAUUAGAAUAG